AUAAACACAAACACUAACACAAACAAGCCAUCUCUUCCAAUGGUUUCAGGUGAAGUUUUGUCGAAGAAGAUGAACACAAACAGAUCAACAAGCACUCCACCUGCAGCAAGGAGGUUAUCAGUGGACUCAAGAACACAAGUAAACAAUCAAAUUUUAUCACCAGAGAGACCUACUGAAAUUUCAAGACAACAACCAUGGGCUGGUGGUAUCUCUUGUAGGACUUUCAGGGAUGGUUCUAAGAUACAACAAAGACCUUCAUCAACACUAAAAACUCGGGCUUCAAUCGAUAGAACUUCCAGCAUUCGACGGCAUAUAUCUCUUUCGAUCAAGCAACCGCACACUCCACCGCCACUUUGUUCAGUCUGCAAACACGCGGCGCCGGUUUUUGGUAAACCGCCGAGGAAAUUUAGUUAUGAAGAUAUACAAAAGGCGACAAAUGUGUUUUCUCCGGCGAAUUAUUUGGCCGAAGGGGGGUUCGGGCCGGUGUAUAGGGGAGUUCUGGAGGACGGGCAGGUGGUGGCAGUGAAGAAGCAUAAGAAGGCGAGUGCUCAAGGCGCGGCGGAGUUUUGCUCGGAGGUGGAAGUGCUAAGUUGUGCACAACACCGGAAUUUGGUAAUGCUUGUGGGAUAUUGCAUGGACGAUGAUUGGCUUCUUGUUUACGAGUAUGCUUGCAAUGGCUCGCUCGAUAAACAUCUUUACGGGAUUCAAGCAAAGGAGGUAAUGCCAUGGCAUCAUAGACAAAAGGUGGCAAUGGGAGCAGCAAGAGGAUUGAGAUAUUUACAUGAAGAUUGUAGAGUUGGAUGUAUAAUCCAUAGAGAUCUAAGGCCUAAUAACAUUCUUCUCACCCAUGAUUUUGAGCCCAUGGUCGGAGAUUUUGGGCUUGCAAGGUGGCAAGCAAACGGGCAAUCGGCCGAAGAAACUCGUAUUGUCGGAACAUUUGGAUAUUUGGCACCAGAGUACACACAAACAGGGCAAAUAACAGAGAAGGCAGAUGUGUAUGCAUUUGGAGUGUUGUUAUUGGAGUUGAUUAGUGGUGUUAAGGCUAUUGAUUUAGCAAGAGGCACUGGUCAACAGUAUCUACCUCAAUGGGCAAGGCCAUUGAUGGAGAUGAACAUGAUACAUGAGCUGAUUGAUCCAAGAUUGAAUGGAAACUAUGUAAAGUGGGAGGUUGAAUGCAUGAUUUAUGCCUCGAGUUUAUGUCUCUUGUCUGAUCCUGAAAUGAGGCCUCGCAUGUCUAAGGUGCUAAGGAUUUUGGAAGGAGACAUGGGCAGUAAACUCCCAGCUAUCAUUCCACAACAACAUGUUUCAAUGCCACAAUUUCCUUUCCCUCCAUAUCACCAUCCUCCAGUCCCACUGCAAUCAAGUCAUCAUCCUCAUCAUCAUCAUCAUCAUCAUCAUUCCAUUCCCACAUUUAAACCUACUACAAGAUCAAGUCAUCCACAAAUUCAAAACUACCCUUAUGCAUUCAAUGAGGUUGACAUGAUCGAUCAAACAAGGAACACUUUGACAGUUCAUAAUCAGAAUGAGAAUAACCUCAAUGAAGAGUACCAAGAUUACCUUCAAGGUUUGUUUGAUGAGUUCUUGCACAAGGCCCGACACUUGUCAUCGUUGUCGACUGAUGAUUCAGCAACACCGCGCGCGAGAAGGAUUUACUGAUUCUUUGCUAGACAAUGUCAUUGUCUU